AUGGAACGUCAAAUCCUCCUGGCCAGAGAAGACUCCGACUACGACAGCCCAGCAGUGACCAACACACCCAAAGAACAACUACAUCACGAGAUUUAUGCGCUGGGCGGCAAGAAGGAGUGGUGUUCCAGCUGUAGCAAGGAGCACUGGCGAGUGAACGGAGAGUGCUGGAUGGAACAGUUUUGCAGCCUGUGCAAAAGAAAUGGCCAUCCCACCGACAAAUGUAUCAAGGCCUGCCAAUUCUGCAAGCCGACCCACAACAAGUACGAACGAUGCGAAACGCGGGAGCAGAUCAUCUCGGUCCGAACAUAUCUCGAAGCACUGGCCAAAUCGGGAAAGCUGGACGAUCUGCCCAACAUGGAUCGUUUAAACUUGUAA